AUGGCAGAUAACCAAACCAAAUGGAAAAGUCCAGCUACGCCUGUAGGCAAACUAUCUUCACCGAAAGCCCGAAACCCAGCUUCGAGAACAGCCAACAGGGAGAUGCGAAAUCCCCAAAACUUUUCAUUUGGUAGUUUAGAUCGUCGAGGUAUCAGAGAGCAUGAAGAAGCUGUGCAUGUGGUUAGUCCAGAAAGGAGUGCUCGACGACGACACCCUGUCGUCAAUAGCAAAGGCGGUCAAGGGUUGCCUAGAAUUCAAAGCAGCACAAGAAAUUAUCAUCCUAAUCAAUGUAUCGGCAGUACGUCUCUUGCAACCGUCGGUACUCGGCUUAACAAUAAAGAGACUGUAUCUCUCCAAGGGAAAAAUCCAGGACUGACAACAAAGGCCUCGUCACAGAACUUAGGGGUCAUCAAAAGUAGAAGCGCAAAUCCCCAUCAACAGAAAAUGGAAAAGAAAUCGAUAUCUCCUAUGUCAAAAGCUUUAGUGCCACGACAUCAAUAUACAGUCAAACCUAUAAUACCUGCGAAAAAAGCUGAAUUACUGGACGUUGCAAGAGCCAUGCACAGAGAUCAAUUUGCAGCUAGGGUCAAGAAACUGUUUGACCCAGAGAGGGAGGCUGCAAUACAGGCGAUUGAGACAGGAGUCUACAUUGGUUGGAGGUGUCCUGGAAACAAUUUUGAUUGUAUUAGAGUUUCUAAUGAGUCUAGGUGCUUCUGUGGACAUUCACUUAAUGAACAUGAAUCAUUUCGAGAGAAAAGAAGCCACAACUUAAAAUGUUUAAGCACAGGUUGCUCUUGCAAGAAGUUUGCAUUUAUUCCAUCAAGGCCUGAAGAUAUAGGGGAAUGGUGGCUGCAAAAAAGAAGGGGGUUUGAUGUCUCAACUUGGAGAGCGAAAUGCAGGUGUAAGCAUACACAUGAAGAACACAGCCCAAAUAGCAAUCGUAAAUGCAAUGUGAGAAGUUGCACUUGCUUUACAUUUGAUUCAAAUUUUCUGUGUGCAGCUUGUGAUAAGCAUUGGGAAGAGCACGAAACUUGCUUUGAUAACUUAAAUUCCCGUCAGCUUAAAGGUUUACCAUAUGGAGAGGAGUAUUUACCUUUUCAUGAACUUCCUCAGUUAAGAAAUAUUGUAUUAACAGGUACUGAAGAUGAUAAUAGUCACUACGAUGAGCUUGUUAGUGGCAAGUAUGCCAUACCCAGGCAACAACCAACCCAACUUGCUCUUCAGUUGCAAGGUAAAAAAAAUUAA